UAUCCCAAGUUUUUUAUUUUACACAGAAUAAUUGCUCACCAAAGAAAAAUGUCCUCUUAUUGUUAAUGGUUUCUAUCAUUUCUUUUUCUUUCCAACUUUAUUUGGUGGGGGAAGGGUUAUAUUUGAAUGUCUGCAUUGAGUUGGUUAAUUUAAUGGCAAUCUGGAAGAUUCUGGUGCCUGACAAAAUGUGAAAAGGUAUGUAUGGCAUUGUUUCUAUUUUCAUUCAUGCUUCUGUGAGUAUGUGAGUGUUUUUAAAGGGACAUGUGUUUGUUUCUUUUCUCAACCUGGAUCUGUAAGUGGCUGUGGCCCUGUGGUUUUAUGUGAUGUUUGGUCUUUCAGGGUCGGAUGGCCCAUCUUUUUGUCCAGGUGGCUGUGGUAACAUUUCUUUGGGGCAGUUGCAGAUUCAGAGCCACUGAUGUAAAGGUUAAGAUUGUACAGAAACUUGCCAUGCUCUUCCUUUCCCAGGGGUAAGGUCUAGUAUAAGUUCAUAGGAUUAGUUCAUACUAUGUUUACUUAGCAUGAACAUGUAUUUCAAUAUGUGUAAAAUGCUAUCUAAAUAUUUUAUCGUGCUUGACAAAGAGCAUCAUUGACCUUUAAUGAAAAUAGGAACAAAAAAAUGCUAGGAAGGUAGUUUCCACUGCUGAUUCUGCUGUUUGUGGAAAGCGUCCGGUUCUCCCAGCUCCGAGUUCUCUCACCCAGUUUCCCUGUGGCCUUUCUCUCUGUUCUACAUGCACGAUCUAAAAACAUCUGGUCGGAUUGUGAGGUACUUGGUAGAAUGUUGCUGUUGCUACUCGUCCCUGGCAGUGAGGUCCUGCUUCCAACCCUCCCCCAUGCCCCAGACCUUGGAAAUCAAUUCACUUUUGAGAGCUGAACAAAUAACUAGUGGCAUUUGUUGUCUAAAUUACCUUAAAACACAAUAGAUAUACCAAAGCCAAAAAUACUUAGCAUGGGUUUACUUAAAUAUGAAAUAAAAUUGUGGCCUCCUAGAACUGUUUUAUUAGAAAAUAAUAACAUGUAAAUAAUAAAUAGGGAACUGGUUAAACAAGCUAUAAUACACAGCUGUAACAGAAAGAUCUAUCACAAUGAAAAAUACUUAGAGAAAGUUUGUAGUGGCAUGGGAGAAUGUCUAUGAUAAAAAACUUAGUUUGUGGGUGUUUUUUUAAAGGAUAUAUGAAGAAAUAUCUCAACUAGCCUUUUAAAACAUGCCUGGCAAACACUCUGGUCUCACUUAUAGUGGGAACUUUAAAAAUCAAACUCAUAGACACAGAGAACAGAUGCCAGAGACAGAAGGGGGUGUGGGGAAAAUUGGUGAAGAUGGUCAAAGGUACAGACUUCCAGUUAUAAGAUAAAUAAGAUCUGGGAACAGCAUGGUGAUUAUCUUAAAUAAUAAAAGGCUAAUAUGCAAAUCGACCAAAUGGUGGAACGACCGGUUGCUAUGAUGCGCACUGACCACUAGUGGGCAGACACAAUGCAGGAGCCAGGCUUACGGCUGGUGAGCGCAGCAGUGGUGGCAGGAGCCUCUCCUGCCUUCAUGGCAGUGCUAAGGAUGUCCGGGGAGCGGGCCAAAGCCCUCAGUCGGAUAUCCCCCAAGGGCUCCCGGACUGUGAGGGGGCAUAGACCAGGCUGAGAGACCAACCCUCCUCCCCCACCCCGAGUGCACAAACCUUGUGCACCAGACCUCUAGUAGUUAAUAAUACUGUAUUGCACAUUUUAAAAUUGCUAAGAGAGUAGAUCUUAAACAUUUUUAUCAUAAAAAAAAAGUGUAACUGUGAGAUGAUGGAUGUUAACUAAACUCAUUGUAAUCAUUUUGUAAUAUAUAUGUAUAUCAAAUCAUUAAUUAGUAUACCUUAAACUAAUACAAUGAUAUUUCAAUUAUAUCUCAAUAAAACUGGAAAAAAGUGAAAAACUAUAUUUAGAAUUUAUGGAAAUACAAAACAAAGGAAAUACCCUAAAAUAUUAAACUAUGGGUAGUAAGAGUUUAGAUGACUUCUGCUUUUUGGCGCUUUAUACUUUUUGGUACAAAUACAUAAAAAAUAGAGGGAAAAUAAAGAAAGCUUGAUAUAUAACAAAUAGAACCAUAGCCUAGGUGAGAAUGUUUUCACUCGAAAAGACAAUAUGUGAACAGAAGUGUCUGAUAGAACCUAGAGGAAGGACCUCCAGCAACAAAAAUUUGUAAAAGUUCACUCAAUACUGCCAUGGGAGAGGGAGGCAGAUGCAUCAGACCUAGAUGAUACUCAGUUCAAAAUAUCCUUUCAUCUCCCAUCCUACUUCAGUUCAAUGCUUACCAAGCAAAAUUAUGGUUUUUAUUGGCUUUCUUACAUGUUCUGAUACAGUGCUGAUCGUUAUACCAACAUGCUCCUUAUUUCAGUUUAUACGUCAUUCUCCUCUGAGUGGGUUGGUGGAAGUUCUUGUGUAACCAGUCAAUUCUAGGUGCCCUGAUAAGAUCAAAUUCCUGGACCGGCAAAGCUGAGGACUGACUGCGGAGCUGUGGCAACCACACCACAUAAAGUCUGUGACCACUGACCUCACUAGAACACUCGUCACGACCUGCCUCUCCUUGAUACUGCUCCUAUGUCGAGGUCCCGGUUGACCCGUCCACUGCCUCUCCUUUCCAGGCUCUCUCAGAGGUUCCUUCUUUAUUUCGGGGGAAGACAGAAUGGGAGGAAGUCAAUCCAAAAACGAUCCCAACACUGCAAAGAGCUUCACUUGGCCUUAGCCUUUCUUGCUGGGAGUCUACUGACAUUGCUGCUGGCGGCCCUUGUGUUCUUCACCAUAAAGAGCUACCGAAAAUAUCACUCAAGUCCCCACGCUCUGGAUCCUCACUCAGAUUCUCUUGCCAAGUUGUCAUCCAACCCGGAGGAGGCUCUCAAAACCUCAAAAGAAAAGAGAGACGACUUGAUUGCAAACCAUUCUGCAGACUUGAACUCCGUUAUCUAUGCUCAGAUUAAAUUGGCAGACUCAUCCUGAGUUUCCAAUAAGGCUUGAAUCCAGUUCCUCUCACGUCAGCUGCAUCUUCAUACAUCGCUUUUCCUUUGUAGAAAAUUUGGACCACAAUCUGGGUGACACUGCAGAUGGAGUUGUUUGGGUGUGAUCUGGCAGCCUUGGCUAUCAGUUUUGUGACCAGGGUCAGUCUUAUUCCUGUAUCUCCCACUUGGACUAAUAAAAUGGAAUUCCCCGAGGACCGCGACAGCCCCCCUUCGUCCUCUUCCAAAGUGUGUGCUACAAGCUCAGAGCACCGAGAGUGUUCACCCAGUGUCACUGAUCAACUUGGGAAGAGUCAACCAACCUGGCAAUCUAACAAGAAUUACAAAUAAAAGCAAACCCUCUGUG